AUGAAUCUUCUGUUACUGUCUUUGGCCGCCCUAGCGCUGGGGAUUGGCGCCACUAUGCCACCAAGCAGCACCCCCGAGAAGAUGAUGAGUAAUGGCGGCGAGCCUCCGAAGGUAAUGGCCGAUAAGAAGGCGCAACCGAGUGCUGAGGAUGCGACUGAUGAUAAAGAAAUGAUGAAAAGAAGUUACGCUUGGAACCCGCGGAUUUACGUAGGAUAUAGUUACGGUUGGCCUUGGUAUGGCUUUGCCCACGGAUGGUAUCCAGGUUGGCCUUUAUAUUAUGGUUAUGGAUACGGUGGAUAUCACGGUGGUUAUGGUGGCUGGUAA